CCCACCCAUCUCUUCAACGCUAUCUAGCUCAAUGUACGAUUCAAUGAGAAAAGGGAAAAAUCGCCAAAAACACUCUCGGCAAGCGGAUCCGCUCGCGUCCAUCCAAGAAGUGACACGAUCCGUCCGCCAAAAGCUCGCUGUCAUUGCGGUAUUUGUCUUUUUAAACGGGUUCUCUUCACGGCUGUACGUGCACAUGUAUAAUCCUGUCUAUCUGCAAGGAGAAUUCAAAACGAGUAACACAAAACGUAAGCUGACAGCGGACUGAGAUGCAGUGAAAAAUUUCGCGUUGCUCGGAGCCGCUGCGUUGCCACUCGGAACGUUUGCGUAAAUCUGACGGAUGUGAGGACGAAUUCAAAUGACAUCAGCUAACGGAGAAGACAAAAAGCCUCUUGAUCUGAAUAGCCACAAAAACCGUCUGUUAUCAUUGUAUUCCAGCAGGAAAAGAAACGUUUAACUUUGGGAUUUAAUUAAAACAACAAAAGAAAACAACAGCACUCAAAAAAAAAACAACAACUUGUGAUGUGACAUUAUUUCAUAGCGGAGUUUAAAGAGGUUCAUGUCGGCCACGGGCUCCAGGCGGAAUGAACCACAGGCCGACAGUUUGUGGGAGACAUUUAUCUCUUCAGGUUUUUUAUUAAAACGCUAAUAAUUCGUUUUUCCACGUCUUAAUGUGUCGAUGAACGGAUGUAACAGGAACGAACAUUAAAACCCCGUUUCGUGGUGACUGAUGGUUUUGCGCCGAGCGCCGGCCGCGACUGUCAUUUUGGGGAAGCGACUAUGGAUUGACGACGAGAAACGUGUUAAAUCACACUCGGAUUUCUGGAACAGCAAGACUAAGAUGUUGAUGUAACGCCGUGAAGCACAAGGCGAAGUGUAAAACUCCCGCUCGGAUAUUACUGCACCAAAGCGCUCGGGAGGACUCGGCCUUGUGUGUAGGCCGGCCUUGGUGUUUUCACCACCAUCACAAGCCCUCCGUCUCUUUCCUAAAGCUCCUACUGAGCACUCACUUAAAGGCACUGCUUAAAAAUUGCCCCUUCAUCCCUUUAAACGAUUGCCCCAUUCAUCCCGUGUGCUGUUCUUCCUCGGAAUGUGCACAUAGAAAUGUCAGAAUUCCCAAUAAUUGGAAUUUGAAAACGUAAAUCCUUGAACAAGGAUUUAUUUAUUAUUAUUAUUAUUAUUAUUAUUAUUAUUAUUUUUUUUUUUUUUAUUAUUUUUUUUUUUUUACACAUUUCUUUACAUUCAUUCCCCAUCCACAAACAUUUUCCUUUUUUUUAUUGGGACAUUGGGAAGAUGGGGUGUUUGGGCAACAGUAAAACAGAAGACCAACGUAAUGAGGAGAAGGCCCAGAGAGAAGCAAACAAAAAGAUAGAGAAACAGUUACAGAAAGACAAACAGAUAUACAGAGCGACCCAUCGGCUACUACUGUUGGGAGCUGGAGAAUCGGGCAAAAGCACUAUAGUAAAACAGAUGCGAAUUUUACAUGUCAAUGGCUUCAAUGCUGAAGAGAAAAAACAGAAAAUUCAGGAUAUUAAGAAUAACAUAAAAGAAGCUAUAGAGACUAUUGUGACUGCAAUGAACAGUUUGGUACCUCCAGUUCAGUUAGCCUGUCCAGCAAACCAGUUUCGAAUCGAGUACAUCCUCAAUUUAACCAAUCAAAAAGACUUUGAAUUCACUUCGGAAUUUUAUGAACACACAAAGACCCUGUGGCAGGACGAGGGAGUAAGAGCCUGCUUUGAGAGAUCCAAUGAGUAUCAGCUGAUUGACUGUGCUCAGUACUUCCUAGAUAGGAUUGACACUAUAAAGCAAAGUGACUAUACACCUACUGAUCAGGACUUGUUGAGAUGCAGAGUGCUGACCUCAGGGAUCUUUGAGACAAGGUUCCAAGUGGACAAAGUUAAUUUUCACAUGUUUGACGUUGGUGGUCAAAGAGAUGAACGAAGGAAAUGGAUCCAGUGUUUUAAUGAUGUGACUGCCAUUAUAUUUGUGGUAGCCAGCAGCAGCUAUAAUAUGGUCAUCCGAGAAGACAAUCAAACCAACCGUCUCCAAGAAGCAUUAAACCUGUUCAAGAACAUAUGGAACAAUAGGUGGCUUCGAACCAUUUCUGUUAUUCUUUUCCUAAACAAGCAAGACCUACUAGCUGAGAAGGUUCUGGCGGGAAAAUCGAAAAUAGAGGAGUAUUUCCCAGAGUUUUCACGCUACACUACACCAGAUGAUGCUACACCUGAAUUGGGGGAGGACCCACGAGUUACAAGAGCAAAAUAUUUCAUCCGAGAUGAGUUCCUGAGGAUCAGUACAGCAAGUGGGGAUGGUCGCCACUACUGCUAUCCACACUUUACUUGUGCUGUGGACACAGAAAACAUCCGCCGGGUAUUCAAUGACUGCCGUGACAUCAUCCAGCGCAUGCAUCUCCGGCAAUACGAGCUGUUGUGAUUGCCAAAUCAUCACUGGAACCCAGUCUAGAACUUUCUACAGGCUUCCUACACAUGCCCCAAAAAUUCAACCAUGAAACUUACUAUUUAUGAGUUUCCAGGACACACAGCAACAUAUAAGAGACACACAGACACAAGCUUUCUCCAUCAUGAGAUAGCUGAGGGGCAAAGCGAAUACUGUAUCAUUCAUGAACAAGGGUGACUGUGCAAUCAAGAGAAGACAAUAUAGCCAAUGACCACCAAUGUCAAAGGAGAGUGGGUGAAUACAUACACAUAUGCUUGGAAAGAAAGGAAAUAAUAAAAGUUUGACUAGGACUACCGAAUAUCUGCACACUUUUUGAGGCUCUGCCCAAGAUGAGGAAGAUAUUUGUAUGGCAUUUACACCUGUACAAUCCGUCUUCACACCCUCUGUCCUGUGUAUGUUAAACAAUAGCCAUGUGUCUAAUGAUGUACUAACCACACACAUGCACACCACUAUUGUGAAACUCCGCUCUUUGCUUGAGUGAGCCUGUUGUCUCCCCAUUUCUCCCAAAAUGGACUAACCAAUGGAAACAAUUAAAAUGAUGGCUUAAUUCAAAGACAUGGUGAAAGAAUGCAAACCUUUAUGGUUAGUUUGAAUGCAUAAAAAGGGGUUAGAAUUAUGGAGUAUUUUCAGCUCCGGGUUGCUGUGCUUGCAGAGCAGAGAAUGACUCAAACACAAGACCCAUCACAUGAUUCUUUCACCAGAUGCAACAAGGAGAAUGUACAGUGAGAACAUACAAUGCAUAGAUUAAUGCUGAAUUACAAUUACAGUGCAAAAAAAUAAAAUAAAUCAUUAAACGUGCGUGCACACAGAUAUACAUCUGUGUAUUCCUGUAACAGCACGUGAGCUCUUCUGUUUCAUGAGUGUUAUGCACUGUGUGUGCAAAUAAUGCCUUUAUUCACAGUUUUAAACCUUCUCUCCCAUUCACUCCAUCAGUCUGUCUCUCUGCAUCUUCUCCCUUUCACACUUCCUUACCCUACUGCAGUCAUCUUGUACACUGACAUGUUGGGACUGAGAGUAGAAAAUUUCAUGAGAUUUAAAAGAGGUGCAAAAUUCAAGGAACUUUACUCCUGUUUUUAUCUCUCUCUCUUUCCCCCUUCAUCUUGGCUUUUUGAAUUUAUUUGUAUUUUUUUGCUGGUUAUUAUUCUUGUACAGACUGUAAAAUGUAAUAUUUUGUACAACUUUAUUGAAGAAAAAAGUAAUUGUAGAAGCUCCCUGUGCCUUGAUCAUGAUUGUACGUGUAAAAUGAGCUAAGAUAUAAGUAAGGUAAUGUUACAUUGCGCUGUUCAGCUCCACCCUACCUCCUUCAUUUCCAUGCAACCCAAAAAAAUCUUCAGUCUCUUCACACUCUUGCAUAACAUUUUUUGUACUGAUCUAAAACCAAAUUUCUUUUUAAUUUAAAAAAAAAUGUAAUUAAUAGAAGAAAAAUGGCAAAACUGGUCUUAUGUCAAGAGAAGAAGACUCCAUGUAGUGCCAUUCGUCGGAGUGUGGGGAGCUGCUGUGUAUAACGGUCGACAUUUUCUUUUAAUGCAUUUCCAUUCGUCUUUGUUUCUUUUAUGUAUUUUUCCCUGACCAUAAUGUAUAUUUUAUCAUUGAAAAAACUGAUCCUAUGUAGUACAGAAAAUGAGAAACAUAAUUAAUAUGCAGUAUAUAUAUAUACACACACAAUUGAUAUAUAAAGUGUCCACAACCCUGUCAAAGUGGUUUUUGUGACAUAAAAACAAAACAUUGAACCACCGCCAACCUCAAUGUGAAAUCACACCAUAUUAAAAUUAAGUGAGAAAAAAACAGAAAAUGUUUAGAGAAGUGUGGACACCCCAGUAAUGCUUUAAUAGUAUAGUAAUACUUUAUAGUGACAGUCUAUAGGCAUGGCACAUCUUGAUCCUUCUAAAUCCAUCAAAUUGUAAGGGCAUCUCCUGUGCAAAGACUACCCUACAGAUUUUUAGUUCAUGUCAGGGCUGUGGUUAGGUCAUUCAAAAACAUUGAUCUUUUAUUGGUUAAGCUAAUACUUUGUAGAUUUGGAUGUAGGAUUUGGGUGAUUGUCAUGCUAAAAUGUAAAAUUCCUUUUCCUGUUUAGCUAACCGACUUUAUGAAUGAUGUGUUUGACAAUUACUUUUGAACAAGAUUGAAUACUUUUGGCUCAUCCUGAUUACAGCCACAUCCACAAUUAUAAAGGCUCGCACACUUCUGGAACCAGGAUAUUGUCCCUGUCCAGCUAAUUUUCCCUGUAUUUCAUAUAUGUGUUUCUGAUUCUUUCUCACUUACUUAAUUUACAUUGUAAUUACAUAUUGAGGGUAAGCUCUGACAUGAUUUAUGUGGGAUUCAUUUUUUUUACAUCACAGACAAAUCCAGUUUAAAAAGAGUGUGUAAAUGUUUCAUAGCCACUUUUGUGUGUGUGUGUGUGUGUGUGUGUGUGUGUGUGUGUGUGUGUGUGUGUGUGUGUGUGUGUGUGAGAAAAGAUAUUUAUUACAUUUGGACAUUGACAAAGUUAUUCUUUAGUUGUCUAUUAAAGUAGCUAUUCUAUUCUAAGUAAAGAAUAUGAACUCACAGGACAGACUUUCAGCUAAAUACCUUCAGUAUUUACACCCAAAUAGGAUAAAAUGUACACACUUCAUUUAUUUAUUUUUAUUAUUUACUUUUAAGGGACCAAUGGUAAUCGGACAAUUGGCUCAGCUCUUCAAUGGUCAGGCGCAAGUUAUUCCCUCAUUAUUUUAGAAGUAAACAGAUGUCUAAAGCUCAUUUCAAGUUUGCCAUUUUACCAAAUCAAUCAUUUAGUACUGUCUAAAAAAGCAAGAACACAUUCAGUAGAUCAGGAACACCAAAAGAAAAAUUCUUUCCCUAGUGAAGAAAAAAUACUUUACUUUAAACUCUUGGCCAGAUUAAAUACACCUUCCAAUAGGUAUGCAUAUCUUUGUCAAAGUCGACAAUCCAAAAAAGAAUUACAGAGAAUUUACAGCAAGAUGUAAACUAUAUGUAAACCCCAAAUUAGAAAGAACUGAUUAUCUUGCCAAUGUUGUUUUAAAAAGUCCAAGUUAUGGACAACAUUCUAUGAACAGUUGAGACAAAUAAUGAUCUAGUAGUAGAAUGAUGAGAAGAGUAUGAAGAAGGGAAUCAGCUACUCAUAUUCUGAAGCAUACCACCUCAUUUAAUGACAUGAGCAUGUAUUGCUGUCAGUGGACCUGGUUCCCUUGUAUUCAUUGAUGCAAUUGCUGGCAAAUUCAUUCAAACACAUCACAUCACACUUACUGGAUGGCUUUUUUCACUGCAUAUGGGCAAUAACCCAACGUGUACUUCAGAAGAAAGUACAAUGUUGGUCAAAUAAAUUGGUCAAAUAAGCAUUAAGCAAAACUAAUUAAGCAUUCAUUUCACAUCCUGAAGCUGAAAACAUGCAGUAAGCAAAACGGCAGGAAAGAAAAAAUUGUCUAGUGAUGU